AUGACCUCCGCGCAGACCCCGAUCCCCUUCGCCGAGCCGCCAUGGUUGAACGGCCUGCCGUCUCCAUACUACAAUGAGAGUCACAGGAGAUGGCAGAAGGCAUGCCGGGCGUUCAUCUCGGAGCACCUGCUGAAGAACGCGAUGGAGUGGGAGCGGGAGGAGACGGUCCCGGAGCAUGUGUUCGGGCAGUUCGCGGAGGGCCUGAUGCUGAUCCCCUGCCUCCCUGCUCCGCUGCCAGUGGAGUGGUUGAAGAGCCUGGGGAUCCACGAGUUGCCUGGUGGCGUCAAGGUGGAGGAGUUCGACUACAUUCACUCGGCGAUUUAUGGCGACGAGAUGGCCCGAUCCGGCCUCUCCGGCCCGUCCGGCUCCCUGACCACCGGCAUGGCCUUUGGCGUUCCCCCCAUCAUCAAGUUCGGCAACCGCGCGCUCCAAGAGCGCUACCUCCCCGAGCUGCUCACAGGCAAGAAGCGGACCUGCAUCGCCAUCACCGAGCCAAGCGCCGGAUCCGAUGUCGCCAACAUCCAGACCACCGCGGUCAAGUCAGCAUGCGGGAAAUUCUUCAUCGUCAACGGCACGAAGAAGUGGAUCUCCAACGGCAUCUGGUCGGAUUACUCCAGCAUGGCCGUCCGCACGGGCGGGCCAGGUCCGUCGGGGCUGAGCAUGUUGGUGGUGCCGUUGAAGGGAUACCCGGGCGUCACCAUGCGGAGGUUGAAGGUGCAGGGCCAGAUUUCGGCCGGAACGACGUUCAUCGAGUUGGACGAUGUAAAGGUGCCAGUGGAGAACCUGAUCGGUGAGGAGGGCAUGGGCAUGAAAUACAUCAUGACCAACUUCAAUCACGAGCGGUUGUUCAUCGCCGUCGGCGCUACCCGACAAGCUCGCGUCGCCCUUUCCGCCGCCUUCGAAUACGUCAUGAAGCGUGAGGCAUUCGGCAAGACUCUAAUGGAGCAACCUGUUGUGCGCCACCGCCUGGCAAAGGCGGGUGCCCUGCUCGAGAGCCAGUGGGCCUGGGUUGAGAGCUUCGUCUACCAAAUGACGAAGCUGACUAAGGCGGAGGCCGACGUAGAGUUGGGCGGCUUGACCGCCCUCACCAAAGCGAACUCCGGCAUGGUACUCAACGAGUGCGCGCAGUGCGCGAUCCUCCUGUUCGGUGGCAACGGCUACACGAGGACGGGGAUGGGUGAGAUUGCGGAGAGGAUGUACCGUGAGGUUCCCGGUGUUAGGAUUCCCGGUGGCUCGGAGGACGUCAUGCUCGACCUUGCUAUUCGCCAGCUCGUGAAGAACUACAAGGCCAAGACGAAGGCGUUGGAGAGUGAGGGCUCGAAGCUUUGA